AUGCCUGACAUACGGCAUAACAAAGCCUUCACUACGGGCCAUAUAGACGAUGGCAAUAAUGUGAAACAAGCGGAAGAGAAGAAUGGGGAAAGAAGAAGAACAGUGGCGACAGGCAGUGGUGGUAAGGGUGGAGCAGGGGGAAGAGGUGGUGGCGGAGGUGGUGGAGGCGGUGGAGGUGGUGGAGGUGGUGGAGGCAGUAGGGGAGGGAAAGGAGGAGAAGGUGGAAAGGGGAGAGGUAAAGACGGUGAAGAUGAAAAAGCGAGAGAAGGAAAAGAUAAUGAAGAGAAAGGAAGCGUAAGAGGAGAAAAAAGAGGAGAAGAAAGAAAAUCUGGUGAAGAUGGUAAGGAUGGAGGAAGUGGAGGGGGUGGUAAGGGUGGUAGGGGCGGAGGGGGUAGAGGAGGGAAAGGAGGAGAAGGUGGAAAAAGAGGGGGAAUUAAAGACGAUGAAGAAGAGAAAGAGAGAGGAAAAGAAGAGGAAGACGAUGACGAGGGGAAAGGGAAAAAAGGAGGUGGAGGUAAGGGUGGAGAAGGAGGAAAAGCAGGUGAAGAUGGUAAAGAUGGAGAAGGAAGUGGUGGUGGUAAAGGAGGUAAAGGAGGAGGAAAGACAGGAGCAAAAGGAGGACAAAGAAAAUCAACAGAAUCGACAUAG